GAUAUGAUGUGGUGAUCUUGUGGAUUCUCAAUAUUUUUACGAAGAUGGAUUCUUCUAGUUCUACGUGGAAGUUAAAUUUGAUUUUUCUAGCGAUGUGCUUUUUCUGCAGAUUGAAGUUUUCUCAUGCUGCACUUGAACCAGGCAUUUAUGAAUAUAAAUUAACCAGCAAAAGAGACAAUAAUUAUACAAUUAUUACUAAGAGUUUAUUCAACAAUACUGAUGUAAUACUUAAAGCCGGCUGCUCGGAAUCUAAAUCUACAUGUAACAUAUACUUGGAAUGGAUACUCGGAUACUCUGAAUGUGACAACGCAUUUGAGGAAAAUAAUACUGUCACUAACUUGAUCAGCCCAGAGAAGUCGUUAUCAAAUAUGGGGAACAAAUUUAGUUUUCAGAAAUCGACAAAGAAACUGAACGAAACGUGUGAUAAUAAAGCAUUUUUUAAAGAUCAAGCAGAAAUUGCUCCGAUAACAUUUUGCUCAAUUGUGAACACCACUACUGAACCUAAUUGUAGAGAAUUAGAUCGACAACCAGAUUCUGACACAGGUGAAACUUUGAAUGAAGGGAAACCAGGCAAACCAUCAAAGGAGACACGACAUAGAAGAAAUGAACAGGGCUCCUCAAUUAGGCCUGGCACCACAUCUAAGCCUAUCACCACAUCUAAGCCUAUCACCAAGAGUGAUAAAGUCAACUUAAUUACCAUGAAGAAUCACAAUAGAAUCGCAAAGACAUGGGUAGAUGGUCGUUACAUUUUAGCGUUUUCUAUAUCAAGUGAUUGUGGAGAUACUGAAAUUGAAGGAGUGUACAACAGCAGCUAGUGGCUAGCAUUCCUCUUGCAGUUUUGGAUGCAGUCAUUUGUUACUGGAUAUUUACCAAUUUGGUUGACACAACAAGAACUUUGAGACUACGUCGCAACGUUGUCAAGCUUUGGUUGUACCGCCAUUUUACAAAUGCACUCAUCUUCUGCAUCAUUGCCGCCGUGAUUUUCAUAGCAUGGUCUACAAAACAACACAAAUUAGCUCUGUGUGUAAGUAAAUGGAACGAGAUUUGGUUAGACGAUGCUUACUGGCAUAUUCUCUUCUACAUCGUCCUUGUGGUGAUCAUUAUUCUCUGGCGUCCUACUGCUAACAACCAACGCUAUGCAUACUCGGCCCUCACUGAUGCUGUAGAGGAUGAGGAGUCAAAGGAGCCAAUGAUUCCAGAAUCGUUUGAGGGGAUGAAGAUGCGAAAUGUCAACCGCCCUGAUAAUUCAGUUUCCACAAAGGUUGAAGAUGACCUGAAGUGGGUUGAAGAUAAUAUUCCAGCGUCUGUAGCAGAUACUGCUUUGGCUGUAUUUGAUGAUUCUGAUGAAGAGAUUGUCACGAAUAUUGAACGCAGUAAAUUGGAAUGAACAAGAACAGUGGUUGAUAACUUUGGAAUGUAAAGUAGAAAAUUGGAAACACUCAGACAUGCCAUAGAUCUGUGGACAUUCCUGCCACAGGUUAGAGUUGCAGUAAUUUGACAUAAUAUGCACUUUCGUCUAAAUGGUAUGUUUCGAUCAUAGGUUAUGGUAUAAAUAUUUGUUUUGGGCUGCUUGGUCUGAGUCUGGGAUGAUCACACUGAUUAACUAAAGAGGACUGAUACAUCUUGGAACAAAUGUGUCGUUUGACAGAUGUCAGCACAGGUUGACCAUUGGGUUGCGCCUGAAUUGUAAUAACCAAAAAUGAUAUGUGCGAUUGUUACACCUGGAUACAGUAAUUUUUUGAAACAAACCAAUUUGAAAGAUCUUUGCAGUUAUGCUGAUUUUAUGACAUGGUGCCCUCUAAAGCCAUGGAGUUGCAACAUUGUUCCACCUGGAAUUUUUAUAGGAUUUAACUUAUGCCAGAUACAAACUACUAAAGUGAUUAUUACCAGCACUCCUAUCUUUUUAUGUUUUACAUUGGUAGUAUUAAUCUAUGUAGUUGUCUACUUUUUGUUUGUUGUCGCUGACAAGAUCCUUUGAAGUGUGCUACUGUAAAAUGAAUCAAGUAUGGGUUUCCAUAAUAUUGCUACCAAAUCUGGACAGUUGGUAGCAAUUUCAUAGAAGUUUUGAUAUUAUAAUAUCAGGUGGCAAAUUUUGUUGGUCACAUGGAUGUUUCUGUCACUGUGGUGGACAUUAAUAAAUAAAAUUGAUCAACAUUAUCAAGCUUAUAGCUUUAUUAGUAAGGGAUAAGACAAUAAAAAAAAGCCAAACCUUGCUGUCACUCAAUGUUCUACACUACCAGAUAUAUUAAACAGAGAAACUUCAUUUUGCCACUAAAUUUUAAUUUUUAUAAAUUUCAAUGCAUAUCAAUGUCAUGUAUUGAAAUUAGCACUACUCACUUUUGCUGAAAAUGUUGUGGGGGCCCCCCUCCCCCAUUUGAAAAAUUCUCGAUCUGCCUCUGGUAACCUGUAUUUAAAUUCGCCAUGGCAUUGAGUAUGAUCACCGAGAGUAAAUUCCAAAGCAGAUCGGAUCAGCUGAUUUCAUUUGAUAAUUGGUUAAAAAUUGUUCUUGACUGAUUUGGCAAGUUAAUGUGGUUCCCUAUGUGGAGCAUGUUAUUGCAGUGUAGAAUUUGCAAAAUAUAGUUAGCAUGUGUAGCGUUUUUAUGUAAAUCAGGCUUGAAUUAUCAAAAGCCUCAUUUAUGUAUUUUGUAAAAAUACAAUUACUUCAUUUAUACAUUUACUUAUAUGAAGACUGCACAUUUGAGUGAAAGAAAACUUAAAAAUAGUAAACUGUAGAAUAAAAUGUGUUUUACUUACAUCUAUUAGAAAAUAUUUAAAUAUUUAUAAUUGAUAAAUAAUUAUUGAUUAAAAUAGAGUACUACAGUACUUUAUUUUAAAGGUAUUCAAUUUUAUUUUCUUAUUUUUAUUAUUAUAUUACUACUACUAGUGUUAUAAUUUAUUAUUGUUCCUACUACUAUUAUUACUGUUGAACAUUAUCAUUUUACAAUAAUUCAUAUUUUACAAUACUCUUAUUUUAAAGUUGCAGUCCAUGAUGGUCAAGUAAUUGUGAGAAUGCAUUGAUCCAGAUGACCAUUAACAUGUAAACAUUCUCAUAACUGGCUCAUUGUAUCUAAUUCAAAAUGUCUAAAUUGUUUACUAUUGGCCAGAGGUAUAAGUAUGGUGUUAGUCAUAAAUGUUAUCAAAUUGUUUGUUACAUUUUUCAUUAAUUGCUUAAUUUAGGUCCAAUGCUGUGUAAUUCAUUACUUCACAUAUUGCUUUAAAAAAUGGUUAUUCAAUAAUAUUCUGUUUUUUGUGUGUUUCAAAAAGAAAAUCAAAACUUUGAUUUGAUUUUAGUAUUCUAGUAUUUAUAUCAUUUGUAAAAUGUGUUGUAGUUUAUAAUAAAUAAUGAUAUGAGUUCUUUCUAUCUUUAUUAUUUAGAUUGCUGCUAAAUUGUACAAUAUUUGCAAUUAAAUGAAAAAGAUGAAAACAGUUUAAAACUUAAUACUAAUUAAUGUUAAGUUGUACAUUUUAAUUGCUGGAUAUUUCAAUAAGACCAUUUUUCUUUUAUCUCUCCCCAAUUUGAAGUUUGUUUAUUACUGUAUAAUUAUUAAAUGGUGUUUGUUCGUAGUUUAUCUUUAAUUUGGAAUACUGUAGUGUGAAAUUUAUUUAUGUAUAUAUAUAUAUUGAACCAUCUCUAUUUCAUAUUGAUGGUAUUAUGUGAUUAUCAAGAUUGUGCUAAACUGUAGAGGGCAGUUUUCUCACAGUAUGUUUGAAUCUGUGUAGCAUGUGACGGGUCUUUUUUUAUUAUUAUGGUCUUCAAAUAUUAUACCCUGCAGCUUGCUGGGUGAUUGAUAUGUACACCGGGAGCAAAUCUUAUACAGUAUUGUCCUGUUAUUUUUAGAAUAAAUUUCUUUGUUGGCUACAGAA